GCGUUUGAUGUAAGUUGUUCUCUUUCUUAUCCCACCCGCUCCUUUUCUUCUCUCCUUCCUCUAAUUAUGGCUUUUUUUCAGGCCCAUUCUUUUGAAAAGGCCCUUUUUUACCUACAUGCUUCCUCAGCUCAAACUACACUUUUUCUAUUUUGUGUGUUUUCGUUUUCAAUCAGACAAGAAAAUCUCCCACGAAGUGUGAAACUAGGAGGAAAGGAAAUCAAACCCAUCUGUACUCUUUGUAUGAUUGAGCUUUGAGCUGGUAGAUAGUGGCCCUUGUAAAUCAGUGGACUUUCCCCCUUAAUUCGUUGACAAAAAGAGUCUGCCAAAAACUCUCUCUCUCUCAUCUUUGGAGGUUGGAGAACAAGAUGGGAAACUGCGCCUGCAUAGAUUCUUCUGCCAGGGUUGAUACUGCUCAAAGCCACCAUACUAGUUCUGAGACCUCGAAAAAUUCCAGCAAGACAAGCAUUUCUUCAAGUGGUUCCAGAUGUGCAUUUACAUCUUACAGAGGAAAGAGCACCGAAAAUCUUCCUACUCCUCGAUCUGAAGGUGAAAUAUUGUCAUCCCCUAAUGUGAAAGCCUUCUCUUUUAACGAGUUAAAGAACGCCACUAGAAACUUCCGUCCCGACAGUCUUCUUGGUGAAGGAGGGUUUGGUUAUGUUUUCAAAGGGUGGAUUGAUGAACACACACUUACUGCUGUGAAGCCUGGAUCUGGGAUGGUUAUUGCUGUCAAAAGGCUUAAACCAGAGGGUUUCCAGGGUCACAAGGAGUGGUUGACAGAAGUCAACUAUCUUGGCCAACUUCGUCACCCAAAUCUGGUUAAACUUGUUGGCUAUUGCUUUGAGGGUGAUAACCGGCUGUUGGUAUACGAGUUCAUGCCCAAAGGAAGCUUGGAGAAUCAUCUCUUUCGAAGAGGGGCCGAGCCACUUCCAUGGGUAAUAAGGAUCAAAGUGGCAAUAGGUGCCGCUAGGGGUCUCUCGUUUCUGCAUGAUGCCGAAGUGCAAGUCAUUUAUCGAGAUUUCAAGGCUUCUAAUAUUCUACUAGACUCGGAUUUCAAUGCGAAACUGUCCGAUUUUGGAUUGGCUAAGGCAGGACCUACUGGGGAUAGGACACAUGUUUCCACUCAAGUGGUGGGUACUCAUGGCUAUGCAGCACCAGAAUAUGUUGCUACAGGUCGUUUGACGUCAAAAAGUGAUGUGUACAGUUUUGGGGUGGUUUUGUUGGAACUACUUACCGGACGCAGUGCUGUCGAUAAAUCAAAGCUUGGUGUGGAGCAGAAUCUAGUGGAUUGGGCAAAGCCAUAUUUGGGCGAUAAACGGAAAGUAUUCAGGAUAAUGGACACCAAGUUAGCAGGUCAGUAUCCCCAGAAAGCAGCUUAUACAGCUUCUACCCUUGCCUUACAGUGUUUAUGCGCUGAACCUAGACUCCGACCACGAAUAAUAGACGUUUUAGAAACGCUAGAACAAGUUCAGGCUCCCAAAACUGCUUCCAAAAACUCCCUAUCAGAUCACCAGACUGUUUCUGAUUCUAAUCGUAAGUCACCAAGUAGACCUCACCGGUCAUCGACGGAUCGGAAACCCACUGCGUCCUCAUUGCCACCCCACCGGCAGUCGUCAGGUUGAGCAGAUAUAUGUCCCGGGUAUAGAUUUUUUUUUUUUUUACUUUUGGCUUUUGUUUUUCUGUAACUUGUUCACACGCAAUGUUAUACGGGUACUUUUUCGACGAAACUUGCAUAAUGCAUGUAAAACAUGUAAUUACCGGCUAUAUAGUUUUACGAUAUGUCGAAGGUAGCUCUGAAUA